AUGUAUCGUUUGAAAGCACCUUUACGUGUCUUAAAAAGUAUUGUCGGCCCAACCACUAAUUCGAGUGGACCAUUAACUCGUGCCGGCUCCACCAUUUUUGUUAUUUCAAGGUCAAAGCAUACAGUACCGGACCUUCCUUAUGAUUACAACGCUCUCGAGCCUGUUAUUUCAGCUGAUAUAAUGAAGAUUCAUCAUGAUAAACAUCAUCAAGCAUACGUUAAUGGCCUCAACGUGGCUGAAGAGAAGUUUGAACAGGCACUUAAGGAUCGUGAUGUUCAUUCACAAAUUGCAUUGCAAGAGGCUUUGAAAUUUAAUGGUGGAGGGCAUAUUAAUCAUUCACUGUUUUGGACAAAUCUUGCGCCGACUAAGGAUGGAGGUGGCGAACAUCCUAAAGGUGCGCUUCUCAGCGCUAUACAAAAAGAUUUUGGUUCGGUCGAUGACUUUAUCAGCAAGUUUAACACAACUACUGUUGGAAUUCAAGGUUCUGGCUGGGGUUGGUUGGGAUAUAACAAAUCUAAUAAACGCCUUGAGAUCGUAACGCUUCCAAACCAGGAUCCAUUAAUUACUCACGUGCCUCUUCUUGGAAUUGACGUCUGGGAACAUGCUUAUUACUUACAAUAUAAGAAUGCUAGAGCUGAUUAUUUGAAAGCCAUUUGGGCUGUGGUCAAUUGGAAAACUGUAGCCGAAAGAUUUGCGACGGCUCAGUAA